AUCGAUUGAAGUUCUCGCCUCGCGGCGUAGCGACUAGACUGUGGAAAACAACGAAAAUCGCAGUUGCUCAAGUUCGGAAGAAGUUUCGUUUUAGCGUCGAUCGUCAUUGGCAGCCCUUGCGAUACACUCCGAGUGUCUCCGGCGGCCUUGCUGCAUGAUUCUCCCCGCCUCGUGUCCGGAACGGAGUUAACUGGAGAUCAGCGAUGAGCUUCCUAUUUGGUAGCCGCUCGUCAAAGACCUUCAAGCCAAAAAAGAACAUCCCUGAGGGCUCGCACCAGUAUGAGCUGCUGAAACAUGCGGAGGCCACACUGGGCAGUGGGAACCUACGGCAAGCCGUCAUGCUGCCCGAAGGGGAGGACCUCAACGAGUGGAUCGCUGUCAACACUGUAGACUUCUUCAACCAAAUAAACAUGUUGUAUGGCACCAUCACUGAAUUCUGCACAGAGAUAAGCUGUCCCGUAAUGUCGGCCGGGCCUAGGUAUGAGUACCAUUGGGCCGAUGGCACAAACAUAAAGAAACCCAUUAAGUGUUCUGCCCCCAAGUACAUUGACUACCUCAUGACCUGGGUGCAGGACCAGCUGGAUGAUGAGACUCUAUUUCCCUCCAAGAUUGGUGUGCCUUUCCCCAAGAAUUUCAUGUCUGUGGCAAAGACCAUUCUGAAGCGCCUGUUUCGGGUCUAUGCCCACAUCUACCACCAACACUUUGACUCUGUCAUCCAGCUCCAGGAGGAGGCCCACCUGAACACCUCCUUCAAACACUUCAUCUUCUUUGUGCAGGAGUUCAACCUGAUUGACCGACGGGAGCUGGCACCCUUGCAGGACCUGAUAGAGAAGCUGGGCUCUAAAGACAGAUAGAUCCUCUUCCCUCCAUUGCAGUCAGUGCCUUGCUUACAAAAAACAGAUGCUUUAAUGAAGCAAGGAGCAUAUAAUCUCUGUCCUUUCUUUCCUUGUUGCAUUACCCAACCUCUACACUUUCUGUGCUGUGACUCCUAUUUGUUUUCUGUUAUCUCCAUAUUCCUCCUUCCUACACGUGUCGCUGUUUCAAGAAUACCCUUCUUUGGAGGAGUUAGGAAAGUGAGAAAUGGUUUUCUAGAAUAUUAUUUCAUACUGAGAUUUUUUUAAAAAAAAUAUAAAUUUAUAUACAUUUUAAGAGCUAAGUAUAAAAUUUUUAUUUGGGGUCUAUUUCAUAUCUUACCAGUGGUGGACCAAUAUUAUUACAGCAACACCUGAGACCAGCAGCUUUCGAAAUUUAAAGACUGUCAGUCCUUUUGGUUUUUUUGAACAGUUUUGGUUCUCUGUGGUUGCACAGUUUUUCAGUUAAUAUUUUAGUUGUUUUUAGAUCUUUGUAGAAUUCCUUAGUACAGAGCUCUUUGAAAACCAUUUUUGCUAUUUAUAAGAGGAAGAAAAAAGUAGAAAUGAUUA